CUGUGUGUGUGUGUGUGUGUGUGUGUGUGUGUGUUUGCGCGCGUGCUUCUCCCUUGUACGUGACACUUGAGGUGUAGGGCUCAUUUGAUGAUCAUUUUUCAUUGAUAAUCAUGCGCAUUUGAUGCAAAAAAAAAAGAAAAAAAAAAGACUACUGGACAAUAAACGACUUGGACUUUGUCCUUCAGGAGGCUUUAGAAAGCAGGCAGUGUUGUGAACGCAGCAGUUGAGUGCGCAGUUGGGAGUCAUGGGCAUGUGGACUGCGCUGAUCGCGCUGCUCUUCAUCACACACAGCGUGUGCAGCCAAACCAGCAUAAGAUGGUGCACAAUUUCACAACAGGAGCAGGGCAAGUGCAGUGCCAUGGCAACGGCAUUCAGCAGCGUCUCUAUCCGGCCUACGCUGCGCUGCGUACGCACAAACUCCGUCACUGAGUGCGCACAAAAACUCAUGGCAAAUGAAGUUGAUGCAUUUUCUACCAGUGCUAAAGACAUCUAUGAGAUUGGAAAGGAAGCCACAUUCAAACUUGCUGCAGGAGAGUCCAGUGUUGAUGGUGAAGGAACGACGUAUUAUGCAGUUGCUGUGGUGAAGAGAACAAAUUCACACAUUAACAUCAACAACCUAAAGGGGAAGAAGACAUGCCACACUGGGAUUGGGCGUACAGUUGGGUGGAACAUGCCCAUAGGCUUUUUGAUUGACAGUGGAAGGAUGUCUGUUAUGGCCUGUAAUGUGACACAAGGUGUUUCAGAAUUCUUCAACGCUAGCUGCAUUCCUGGAGCAACAGGCCAUGCUCCGUCUCUGUGCCAGCUCUGUGCCGGAGAUGACACUGGAGCUCAUAAGUGUGAGGCAAGCAACAAGGAGAAAUACUACUCAUAUAAUGGAGCCUUCAGGUGCCUUGUUGACAAUGCAGGAGAAGUAGCUUUUGUUAAGCACACCACAGUUGGUGACAACACUGACGGAAAAGGGGACGCAUGGGCACAAGGUCUCAAGGCUGCUGACUUCCAGCUGCUCUGCCCAGAUGGAACCCGGAGUCCGGUCUCGGACUACAGGCGCUGCAAUUUGGCCCGAGUGCCAUCCAGAGGCAUUGUGGUCCACAGUGACAUCGACAGCACUGUGAUAUACAACAUGCUUAGAGAGGGACUUGAGAAGUCUGACUUUUCUGUUUUCUCUUCAAUGGCCUUUAAUGGUGAAAACCUGUUGUUCAGUGACAGCUCUACAAAGUUUAUCCCUGCUGGAAAUGACGACUACAUUCACUGGAUGGGACAAAAAUACUAUAACAUAUUGAAAGCUAUGGACUGCUCAAUAAAUGAUGUUCCUGAGAUCCUGACCUGGUGUGUGCUGUCUUCUGGUGAGCAGAAGAAAUGUGUAGACAUGGCUAAAGCCUUCCAAAUAAAAGGACUCUCACCACCCAUCCAGUGUUUAUAUGGAAACUCUGUGGACGAUUGCAUGAAGAAAAUAAAGAACAAAAAGGCAGAUGCCAUCACUCUUGAUGGAGGCUAUAUCUACACUGCAGGGAAAACCUAUGGCCUGGUCCCUGCUGUGGGAGAAAGCUACACAGGGGACAGUGAUGGCAGUAUCUACUACGCUGUGGCUGUCUUAAAGAGAAGUGACAAAAACAUCCAAAGAUUCAGUGAUCUGAGGGGUAAGACGUCCUGUCACACAGGCUAUGGCAGGACUGCUGGCUGGAACAUUCCAGUAGGAAUUCUCAUUGAGAAAGGCCUUAUCAGACCACAGAAAUGCCAAGUUGCCCAAGCUGCUGGAGAGUUCUUCAAGGCAAGCUGUGUACCGGGUGCCAACGAGCCUGGAUUUCCCAGCAACCUUUGCUCACAGUGCAUCGGAGAUUCCAGUGGCCAAAAUAAGUGUGUUAAAGGCCAGGAUCUGUUUGAUGGUUACAAUGGAGCCUUCAGGUGUCUGGUUCAGGGAGCAGGCGAAGUUGCAUUUGUCAAACAUUCCACAGUUUUCCAGAAUACUGAUGGCAAUGGUACAGAUCCUUGGACCCUCGACUUGAACUCAAGAGAUUUCCAACUGCUGUGUUCUCAAGAAUCUCGUGCUGAAGUCAGUCAGUAUAAGCAGUGUCACCUUGCCCGUGUCCCCUCCCACGCUGUGAUGGUCCGGCCUGACACCAACCCUCAUAUCAUCUUUGGCCUUUUGGAUAAAGCUCAGCAAUUCUUUGGGGUCAGCACUAACUCAGACUUCAAGAUGUUUAACUCCAGUGCAUAUGACGGAUCAGACCUGAUCUUCAAAGACUCCACAAUAAGCAUAAUUGGCGUUGGCGAGAAAAAGACCUAUGAGGAUUGGCUCGGCCAGAGUUACAUGGAUGCUCUCAUAGCCAUGGAGUGCACUUACUCUUCAGCAGUGGUAUCUUCGGCCUCUGUACUACUGGUGACCAGCUUGAUUGUGCUCUUCUCUCUUUUGGUUGUGUAGCAGGUCCACCAGCCACCCAAGUCUUCCUCAGCUAUUUCUCCAUUUUAUCCUGAUUGUUCAUUUCAUGUAUCAGAAUCAGAAUCAUUUUAUGCGCCACAUACAUUUACAUGUAUUAGAAUAAUUUUUUCUUUAACAUCCAACACACACACAUCACAGACAACACAGCACAGUUACCAUCCA